AUGAGCACGCAAAAUGUGUCAGAAAAGGCCGACAAAGAGGGACUUAUUGCAUGUUUAUGCGUAGGCAUCGUCUUCGUUAUAACGCGCACCGCCGCACGCUGGUAUAAGCUUCGCAAGAUACCCCAUCAGAUGGAAGACAUUUUCAUGUACCUUGCUCUGGUAUCUUUCAUCAUCACAGUUGGGUUGUACUAUGCAACCAUUGAUACGUUCUUCAGAGUCAACGACAUCUCAGACGGCCAAAUGGAACCUGAACUCGACGUGAUGCUCAAGGAAUUUUUUGUCGUUCAAUUCUUCUUUUGGCUAACACUAUGGGCUGUCAAAUGGAGUUUGCUCUUCAUGUUCAAGCGACUCACAAAAGGGCUGCCUUGUUACACACAUAUCUGGUGGGGGGUCUUGGUUUACUCGGUUAUCGUCUUCAUCGGCUGCUGUAUCAGCAACUAUACGAGCUGCUCUUCGUUGAAGGCCUGGUUCACUGCUGGCGAAUGCACCAGUGCACGAGAUACGCGAGCCAAAGAAAUCAGCCUGUGGUUUAGUUUAGCCGCAGAUUUAUCCACAGAUGUUCUGAUCAUGGCCAUACCGCUUCGAGUCCUCUGGAGCCUCAGAAUGGCUCGACUCGAAAAGAUGAGAAUUGGGCUCAUCUUUGUGGUCGGUCUCAUCACCAUGGCCACCGCCAUCAUUCGCAGUGUCUCGCUCUACUGUAGCUCGAGUACUGGACAAGUGAGCACGACGUGGCUCAUGCUAUGGGCUGGCAUCGAGGGAGUAGUCGCCAUGAUUGUAGGCAGUCUUCCCUCCUUUGUCAUCUUCAUUCACGGUCGGGUUGCCGCCUCAAAAGUACAAAACGAGGAAAAGUCGCAUCGAAGCCCGCUAGACGGCAACUCGAAAGCAAAGUCUUGCGAACGGGCCAACAGUUUAGGGUCCCGGAAUUCCAGUCCGCUAUGGGCCGCUCUCGACUAUUCUAGCGACAAGAGCCUUGUGGACGGUGUUGCCGUCACUCGGCGGCACAGCCCGGAUCGGCGGCAAGCACUCCCUUGGAAAAGCGAGGCCGAUCAUGAAUUACGUCCCUUACGACCUUCGUAG